AUGGAGCUCACUAAAGUGCCAAUUUUAGGUAAGGAAACCAUCCAUGUUGGUUACAAUAUCGCUGACCACCUUGUCAAGACUAUUGUCGAAGGGUGUUCGUCUUCCACGUAUGUGGUCAUCAAUGACACAAACGUGGAAAAAAUUCCGUACUACAAUGAUCUGGUGCUUACUUUGAAAUCUGCAGCCGAACAGCUGGAUUCCAGACUUCUGAGAUACUCGGUUAAGCCUGGCGAAGCACACAAGACCAGAGAUCAAAAGGCCUUAAUUGAAGAUUAUCUGCUAAGCGAAGGAUGUACUAGAGACACUGUUAUCAUUGCCAUUGGCGGUGGUGUUAUCGGUGACAUGAUAGGUUAUGUAGCAGCCACCUUCAUGAGAGGUGUACGUUUCGUGCAAGUUCCUACGUCGCUGCUGGCUAUGGUGGACUCAUCUAUCGGUGGGAAAACGGCAGUAGACACCCCCUUGGGUAAAAACUUCAUCGGUGCGUUUUGGCAGCCACAAUUCGUGCUGGUCGAUAUCAAAUGGCUCGAAACGUUGCCAAGACGUGAAUUCAUCAAUGGUAUUGCUGAGGUCAUCAAAACCGCUGCUAUCUGGAAUGGUGAGGAGUUUGCACGUCUUGAAGAUAACGCAGAGAGUUUCUUGCAGGUCGUGAACGGAGCCAAGUCUACCCGCGUCGCCGUCGCUGGUCAAACGCACCAAUUGACCAUUACCAAUAUCGAGCACAUCCUAGACCAUGUGUUCAAGCUGGUUCUCGAAAGUAUCAGAGUCAAGGCCCAUGUUGUAUCCUCUGACGAAAGGGAAUCGGGACUAAGAAACCUGCUAAAUUUUGGUCACACCAUUGGACACGCCUAUGAGGCGAUUUUGACUCCACAAGCUUUGCAUGGGGAGUGUGUUUCCAUUGGUAUGAUUAAAGAAGCUGAGCUUUCCCGCUACCUUAACAUUUUGUCACCAACCCAGGUUGCACGUCUAACCAAAAUUUUGGCGGCUUACGGUCUUCCUGUUUCGCCUGAUGAGAAAUGGUUCAAAGAUCUAACUCUCCACAAGAAAACCCCACUGGACGUUUUACUCAAGAAAAUGAGCAUAGACAAGAAAAACGAUGGGUCCAAAAAGAAGGCGGUUCUUUUAGAAACAAUCGGCAAGUGUUACGGAACUUCUGCUCAUCAAGUCUCAGAUGAAGACCUACGUUUCGUUCUAACCGAUGAGGUCUUGGUUUAUCCUUUUACGCCCAAGGUUACACAAGAGGCCAAAAUCAUCACUCCUCCUGGUUCCAAAUCGAUUUCCAACCGCGCUUUGGUGCUUGCCGCUCUGGGAGAAGGUACCUGUAGGGUGAAAAAUCUUCUUCAUUCUGACGAUACGAAGCAUAUGUUACAUGCCGUUCAACAGCUUAAGGGUGCCUCUAUAUCUUUUGAGGAUAACGGUGAAACUGUCGUGGUUAAAGGACACGGCGGCAAAACCCUUGAGGCAACUUCUGAUCCUUUGUACUUAGGAAACGCCGGAACCGCAUCAAGGUUUUUGACAUCGGUCGCCGCACUUGCUAAAUCAUCUGCUUCUCAGAAGAGCGUUGUUCUCACUGGUAACGCCAGAAUGCAAGAAAGACCUAUUGGCCCCCUGGUGGACUCGUUGCGUGAAAACGGCACCAAGAUUCAAUACCUCAAUAAGGAAGGGUCAUUGCCGCUAAAGAUUGACACUGACUCUCACUUCAAGGGCGGAAGGAUUGAGCUAGCUGCUACAGUAUCCUCCCAGUACGUUUCUUCUAUUCUCAUGUGUGCACCAUAUGCAGAUGAGUCUGUGACGCUUUCCUUAGUUGGUGGUAAGCCGAUUUCUAAGCUUUACAUCGACAUGACGAUAAAAAUGAUGGAGAAGUUUGGUGUGAAAGUCGAAGUGUCAACCACUGAGCCUCACACUUAUUACAUUCCUAAAGCAAGCUAUGUCAAUCCUCCAGAGUACGUCAUUGAAAGUGAUGCUUCCUCCGCCACUUAUCCUUUGGCCUAUGCCGCAAUGACAGGAACCACUGUGACUGUGCCAAACAUCGGUUUUGAAUCGCUACAGGGUGAUGCCAGGUUUGCCCGUGACGUGUUGAAGCCAAUGGGAUGUUUGGUCGAGCAAACAGAAUCCUCGACAACAGUAACAGGACCACCCCUAGGCACGUUGAAACCCCUUCUACAUGUCGAUAUGGAGCCUAUGACUGAUGCAUUCUUAACUGCUUGUAUGGUUGCCGCCGUUGCGCACAAUGAGGGUGCAGACACUUCCAAUGUUACUACGAUUGAAGGCAUCGCAAACCAGCGUGUCAAAGAGUGUAAUAGAAUCUUGGCGAUGGUCACUGAAUUAGCAAAGUUUGGCGUAAAAGCGAAUGAACUACCUGAUGGUAUUCAAGUCCAUGGUGUGAACUCUUUGAAAGAUCUCAAGGUGCCCACGUCUGUUGACUCUUAUGAUGACCAUCGUGUCGCAAUGAGCUGUUCGCUUCUAGCGGGUACCAUCAAAUCUACGACGCAGCAACAAAAUAAGCCAGUAAGAAUACUAGAAAGACAUUGUACGGGCAAAACAUGGCCCGGUUGGUGGGACGUUCUACAUACACAAUUGGGCGCCUCUCUAGAUGGUGCUGAACCUCUAGCUACCACAUUGCAGGGCCAAAGAACGAGCGUUGUUAUCAUCGGUAUGAGAGCUGCUGGCAAAACCACUUUAAGUCACUGGUGUUCCAAUGCUUUGGGCUACAAAUUUUUGGAUCUUGAUACAGUGUUUGAAGAACAAUAUCAGAAAGGCUCUGUGAAGGAAUUUGUUCAGGAGAAAGGAUGGGACGCCUUUCGUAAAACUGAGGCUGAGAUUUUCAAAAGCACCAUUUCAGCUAACAGUAACGGUUAUGUUGUGUCUACUGGAGGCGGUAUUGUUGAAAAUGCGGAAUCAAGGAAAGCUUUGAAGGCCUUCGCCGAUCAAGGUGGUAUUGUUUUGCAUUUGCAUCGUGAUAUCGACGAAACUAUUAACUUUUUGCAAAGCGAUCCUACUAGACCAGCCUAUUCUGAGGACAUCAGAGACGUGUGGAACAGAAGACAACAAUGGUAUAAUGAAUGCUCCAAUUACGUUUUCUACUCGCCUCAUUGUGGCACCCCUCAAGAAUUUGGUCAGUUGAGAAAAUCAUUUGGCGCUUUCAUUCGUACCAUUACUGGUAAGCGCGAAAUUAUCAUCCCAAGAGACAGAUCUGCUUUUGUUUGUUUGACCUUUGAAGAUCUGUCCCAACACAAGGAUGUACUUUCCGAUAUAACGUACGGAUGCGAUGCUGUUGAACUUCGUGUUGAUCACCUAAAGAGCUUCGAUUUGACUUUUGUUGCUCAGCAACUAAGCGUGUUACGCGCUGCCACCGAUAACCUACCGGUCAUUUUCACAGUAAGGACCAAAAGUCAAGGCGGUCGCUUCCCUGAUGAUCGUCAGCAAGAGCUCUUUCAGCUUUUCCAGCUUGCAUUAAAAUCGGGUGUUGAGUUUAUCGACCUCGAAUUAACAACCUCUGUUGAACUCCAAUAUCAGCUUGUUAACAGAAAGAAGAACACUAAAAUCAUCGGCUCUCACCAUGAUUUUGAUGCAAAGUUCGACUGGGAAGACGCUGAGUGGGAAAAUAGAUAUAACCAUGCUCUCUCGCUAGAUUUGGAUAUUAUCAAGUUUGUUGGCACUGCGAAAAGCUUUGAAGAUAACCUCAAAUUGGAACGCUUCAGAUCGGCUCACACACAGAAGCCACUAAUUGCCAUUAACAUGACAGAUGCCGGCAAAUUUUCUAGAGUGGUGAACACUGUGCUUACUCCAGUGACGUCUAGUCUGCUACCUUCAGCUUCUGCUCCUGGUCAGCUGACUUUAGCCCAGAUAAAUCAGAUCUACUCGACCCUGGGAGGUAUGCCUGCCAAAGAGCUGUACGUCGUUGGAUCGCCAUUAGGACAUUCCCGAUCUCCUGACAUGCACAACUUGGGUUUCAAAAUUUUAGGUCUCCCACACACCUUCGAGAAAUUCGAGACUACUUCGGUAGAAGAGGUCAAGAACUCUAUCCUGUCCAUGGCAAAUCUCGGUGGACUGGCAGUGACCAUCCCACUGAAGCUGGAUAUCAUGCAGUACAUGGAUGAACUCUCUGAAUCUGCAAAGCUGGUGGGGGCCGUGAACACGGUUGUGCCAGCAAAUGGCAAGUUCCUUGGCGAUAACACCGACUGGAUUGGAAUCUACGAUUCAUUCCUCGCACAAGGUGUUCCAGAGGAUGUUAGUGGUGCCUCCGGUUUUGUUGUUGGUGCUGGUGGUGCAUCUCGUGCUGCCGUGUACGCCCUUCAUAAGCUGGGUUGCCCUACGAUUUACACUGUCAACAGGACAGUGCAGAAGUCCUACGAAAUGAAGGACCAUUUCCCGGCCAACUUCAAUAUCAAGGUAUUGGAGACUCCUGAGCAAGUCGACGCUAUUCUUGAAGAUAACGUCGGGCUGGCGGUGAGUUGUGUACCGGCUGACAAGCCUUUGGACGAUAGUCUGCUUGCCAGAGUUGAAAAACUAUUGGCCAAGUCCAAACAUGUCAAGUUUUCUCCAACACUUCUCGACGCGGCUUACAAGCCUAGUGUGACUCCACUAAUGACCAUUGCCGACACCAAAUUUGGAUGGCAGGUAAUUCCUGGUGUCCAGAUGCUAAUUUACCAAGGUGUGGCUCAAUUUAAGCUCUGGACAGGCUUCAAAGCGCCUUUCAAAGCCAUUCAAGAUGCUCUCGCCCAAUAG